CUUAAUCCAGAAAUGGAAGGAACCACCAUACACCUCUAGUGGCCCUUCUACAAAUGACGCUGUGACGUCUGUGGUAUAAAUCUGUGUUUGUUUGUUUAUUUGGGAGGAAAUCAGCUCAGACUCUUCACAGAAACGUGUUGCAAAUGACGGAGCUCUCCGUGGUGCUGAAAGUUGUUGUCCAGAUUACUCCAACUCUUAGGCUGCUGCCCAAGCACGUCUUUAUUAUUUUAUUGUUGUCGAAUACGUUCAAUUUAACCUCCCGGGUUUACCAACUACAAUAUCAAAUAUCAUGUCAAGGAUUUAAAAAAAAAAACUUUAAUUCUGAAGGUAAACAUUUAGGAGUAAAACUGCAUAACGGAGUAAGAUCAGUUCUCAGUCUUGGCCUGUGUGGCAGAUCACUUAUCACGGUCAUCACCAACUUUUUUUAAUUCAUGAAUUUAUUUACUGUUGCAUCACUGCGGUCCAGCCAAUGGGAUAUAUCCCGUCGUAAACUACCGCGUCAGCGGGGUGACGUCAUUGCUGUCGUAUGAGCCCCACUUUGAAGGCACCUACUAAAUGAACGCAGUGGGAAUGGAAGAAGACAGCGGUUGCCAGAUCUCAGCGCACACAUACGCACAUUCAACAGUUGGUCAGUGUUUUCAUUGCACGCUCUCUGUCUCUUCAGAGGAGGUGAAGAGGAACGAACUCUUUGGUGGUUGUUGUUGUUUUUCACCGGGGAUACGCGCUGAUUGGCCAACUUAUUUCAAGUCAAGGACACGAGAGGACACAGCAUGCUGUCGUCCCUGAAGACCCUGCUGCUGCUCUCGCUCCUGUGCGCACCGACCUCCAGUCUGUGCCUCCGCCUGCAGCACCGGAGCAGCUCCGACCUGCUGUGUGAUGACCAGAUGGUCCUGGAUGAGGAAGAGGCGGCCUACUCCUCUCCCUCCUCCGAGUCCUCCUCCGAGUCCUCCUCCACGGUCGACGGCUGGGGCUCUCUCCUGCAGACGGCGGAGUAUCUGGCCUCCUUGUCCUCCGUCCCUUCGUCCAGCCGAGACAGACGGACCUCAGGUCCCUCAAACUACCGCUUCGUGAGCAGUACGAAGCUCAGGGGGCAGAUGCUCCGUAACAGCAGCAGUAAAGGAGACCGCAGGAGCAGACUCACCCUGUCUCUGGAUGUCCCCACCAACAUCAUGAACGUACUCUUUGACGUGGCUAAAGCCAAACACCUGCGCGCAAAAGCGGCCGAGAACGCGCGUCUCUUGGCGCAGAUUGGACGGAGGAAGUGAAGAAACUGUUCAACCUGUGAUUAAAUACUUUCACGUCAACAAUAUGGUUCACUUUUCACUACUGUGUAUGAGGUUUUCCGUUACAUUUCUCUUUGAUCCAUUUCUAAUUGUGCGUAAUGUUAGACAGUGGUGGUCCUAGACCAUUUUAGAGCCUCGGGCGAAACGGACCCCCUCCCACACCCACUCCCCAUUGGAAAAGAUGUGGAAAUGAUGAAAACCACGCAUCCAAUAUAAUUGUCAAAUUACCGGACACAUAUGUUUUCAAAUAGAAGACUUCCCUCCGUUCUUUUGUUCAACAGUUCAUUGACUAAAUCGUCUGCCUCGAUCUGAACAUCUUGUUUGAACACAGUCGUCUUCAUGUCCUUAUUUAACCCACUGUCUUUUCUGGGUGUUUUUAAAAAAAAAUAUUUUUACGUAUUAUAGUUUGGUUUUCAUGAACGUAACAAUGACCUUAAUUGAAUUUGUUUAUAUUUAAAGUCUUUACUUUGACUUAAAACCAUUGCAUUAUGGGUAUCUGUCAUAUCAUAUCCAGGCUACUGUUGUUAUAAUAAACCAUUUUAUCGCUGGACAAAGUUUCUUUUUCCAGACAAGUGUAGCAGCCUGUGUCUCUGGACAACCAUUUAAUUGUAUUUCUUUAACACAACACAUUUCAACAUGACAUUUCUGCAAUUGACAUUGAGGAAUUGCUUUCACACAACUGGCUAAAUCUGUUUGUUUUUUUUUUUUUUGUUUUUUUUUGCCUGAAUCCAACUUCUGUUUAGAAACAAUAAAGCAAUUUUGAGCAGAUUUUGUGAUGAUCAUGGUGAUUGUAUUGAUGUUGAUGUAAAUUUGCAUCUAAAAAGACCAACUUUUAUCUGGUGAAUUAUUUGAUAUUUGACAAAUAGUAAAAGCGAAAGGAACAACGUUUUGAUUCCAGGCAGAAAUGAGUCACGGCCACCGAGCACAAACCUGACAGUUCAAACAAUAUUUUGUUAUAUUCAUGUAUUUAUAUUUGUAUUUAGUGGGUUCUAACUCAUUGUUGCUUCAUAUGUUGCGUUGCAGGAUUCCAGAUUCUGUUCUGAACACUUUAAACCAACAGCAAGAUCAUGGAAAAGGGUAUUUGCAUAUGCACGGGAAUGUAUGUGUUCAUGAAAUGUCUGUUAUUUUUUAUACAACUUAAAGUGAAGGAUUAUUUUUCCUUAAAUAAAGCAAACUUACCUAACUACACUUGAAGAUUUGAUUUGUGUGGCUCACUAAUCAACUUUUUCCAUAGGCCUGAAAAAAACCUUUUCAUACAACUGAAUCUACAGAAUGUGCAGAAUGUCUGUUGAGCCUUUGCGU